AUGUUUCAAAUUGGGAGCCUCAUUGUCUUCUGUGGGCUAUUGGCCCAGACCACAGCUCUGCCCCUUUCCGUGCCCCUGGGCCAAAAGCUGCCCUUGGCUGAGGCCCCAGGCCUGACCCCGGCCCCGAAUCCCACAGAUCUUGUUGGAAGCUUGACAAGUGCUCUCAGCAAUGGUCUGCUCUCUGGGGGUCUGUUGGGAAUUCUUGAAGAGCUUCCACUCUUGGACAUCCUGAAGUCUGGAAGACACACUUCCGGUGGCCUGCUUGGGGGCUUGCUUGAGAACGUGAAUUCAUUGCUCCCUAUCCUGAACAACAUUGUUGAUAUAAAGAUCCUCAGUCCCCACCUGCUGGAACUCGGCCUCACGCAGAGCCCUGACCGCCACCGUCUGUAUGUCAACGUUCCUCUGAGCAUGGUCCUCAAUGUGAAAGCGCCUGUCGUUGGAAGUCUGUUGCGGCUGGCUGUGAAGCUGAACCUCACUGUAGAGCUGGCGGCUGUGAGAAAUGAGCAGGGGAAGAUCCACCUGGUCCUCGGUGACUGCACUCACUCUCCUGGCAGCCUGGAAAUCUCCCUGCUGGAUGGGCUUCCUGCCCUCCCCUUUCAAAGCACUGUCGACAGCCUCAGUGGGGUCUUGAACAAUGUCCUUCCUGACCUGGUGCAGGGCAAGGUGUGCCCUCUGGUCAAUAAAGUUCUUGGGCAACUGGACCUCACCUUGGUACAUGCCAUCAUCGACACGCUGACCCAUGGGCUGGAACUUGUCAUCAAGGUCUAA